AUGAUUACAGAGCUCGUGAUGAACCGCAUCCGGCAGCUGUUGCUAGCGUUUAUAGGCGUGUUGAAGCGGGCGAUGUGUUGCUUCUCACGGCGCCGAAGAAUGUCUGUCGGCGAGUGUGAGGUCCUGAGCUCGGUAAGCGUUGAUCGGCACUCAAGCACGUCCCGCGGUGGCAAGAACGUCACGGAAAAGGACUGGAACUCUUGGGACGACUCGCCGAAAACGGUCGAAGAGCACAUCGAGCGAUACCGGGAAACGCUGGCCAAACCACCGGCCCCAGUGGAGGCACCGGUGGAAAUGGACUACUUUCAGGAUAUGACGCCACAGAUCUCCUCGCAGCAGAAAAUCUGCAUAGCCACGGAAUCCGAGCCGAGCGACUUUAGCCGCCUUGUUGCGAAAAUAGACAUUCCCAUUGUGAACGAACUAGAAGACUGGAACGAAGGUGAUAGGAGCGGUUGGGACGACGCGGACGAAACGACCACCAAACAGCUGAUACGAGAAACACGAAAAGAGCUAAGAGCGCAGCGAUACAACAGCCGACAUCAGCCAGAGUCGUCUUACGCAUGAUCAUGUAUUAUUUUAUCUGCCAACGAGUGUACAGAAUCUACCUUAUAACGUAUAGACCCCACGUUUUACCGCACCAAGGUGGUACAUUCGCACACCAAGGAGUGAUUUAUUCGAAACGUGUUUUUUGAGUUUGUUAGGAUUAUUUCGCUGAAGUGCUAAAACAAAUAAAUUGUUUUAUUUGAUUUCUCACGGA